UUGCUUGUUUUGCCCACGAGGAUGGAUGACUCAUAAUUCAUCAUGUUAUUAUAUCUCAACGGACAAAAUGAAUUGGGCUGCUAGUCGAGAUGACUGCAAAGCUAAAGGAGGAAAUCUGGCAAUAAUUGAGAAUGAAGGUGAGCAGAGAUUUUUGAAUGAGCAUGUCAGCAACUCAUAUGCUUGGAUUGGUCUCUCUGAUUUAAACGAAGAAGGAAAGUGGCUUUGGGUAAACAACAAGAUUCUCACCAGAAGAUACUGGAUGAAAGGGCAGCCCGAUGACUGGAAAGAAACAAAUUCUUCUGGAGAGGACUGUGUUCACAUAAAACCCCUGGCACAGACCCUUAACACCUGGAAUGACAUAUCUUGUAAAAGCAGCAUGAAAAGGAUUUGUGAAAAAAGUUAAAACAUGUAAAGUGUUUUAUUGUAGAUACUUACACUCACAUUUACUUUAAAAUUCACUUCUCUUUAAAUUAAAAUAUAUUUAACCUGGACAAAGAGGUCUAUUCUUCUUUGUGAAACUUCUUAUGUUCUAUGUGUAACAUUACCACUGGUGCAUAACAUAAAUGUCUGCAUGUGGAUUUUUAACUUGUUUGUUAGUGAACUGUAAUACAUAACCAUUUUGCAUUUUUGCAGCUUGUAAGCUUUCUUCCUGAUGAGUGACUGAAUAUGCUUUUACAUUUGUUAUCCUUUUUGUUUGGAUGACAUGGUAGGACAGUGGUUAGUGCUGCCUUACAGCACCACAGGCCUGCUUUGGAAUCUUGGUCCAGCCUCUGUAUGUCAGUUUUUCUCCAAGUGCUUUAUGUUUUCCUUUCAUGUACUAAAGAUGGACUAGAACCUCCAUCAGUCUAGGGUUGGAUCAUGCCUUAAAUCACAUAUAGCUGCAAUAGGCACUGGAUCCUGAAACUCCAAAAACGAACAAGCAGAUUAGUUGCAAGACAGAUCUGAUGCCAGAAUAGUUUCACAAUUUCAGUCUUAACACCUUCUUAAGAGCUGAAGAGCAAAGUGUACAAAGCUUACAUUGCACUGAUGUAUUUAUUGUGGUCAUUUGUUUUCUAAUCUAUUGUUUAAUGACUAUUAGCAAGUUAAUUGUAUUGUCUUUAAUUUGUUAAUAUUGUCGGCCGGCAGAGUUGCCAGGUACUUCAGUCAAAAUCCCUCUUCUAGCAAGCCAAUUUCCACCUAUUUUGAAAAAAAAGAAGAAAAAAAACUAAAUCUCUUAAGUAUUAUUUCAUAAUUUACAAGAUUAAUCAAAGCUUAUUCAAAAAAGGAACACUCUCCUGUUGCAGAGAAAGGUUUCGUCUCUUGUUCAAGUCAAUUAUGUGGCCAAAGCUUAUUAUAUAACUAUCCCUAGCCACAGUUGUAGUGAAAUAUUUUAAGUUAUUCUGAUGAAAAAUCCCUUCUGUCUUUCAACAUGCAUUCCUGUAUUUGAUCAGCAAAAAAUGCCAUGUUUUGCAGUACAUGGGAGAUAUUCUCAAAUGAUGAAGACCCUUUG